CCUUCAUGCAUGAAGUCACUCGAUUGACAUUUUCCGACCGUGAUGUCUCGUGGCGAUAUCAAACCAUCCAUGGUAUGAUCAGAUGAAUGCGCUAUCAAAUUGACAAGCGGUAUUGAGUAUUCCACCAUCACGGCCCGUGAAGAUAAUCCCAAUGGGCUUGAAGCCUCUUUUAUCGAUCGUGCCAUUCAUCACGCCAAGAUCUCACGGAAGGCAACCGGGCGUAUUAUGGAUGCUGGCGCCUAAGCCCGGAAAUUACAGCUGACAGCGCUAGUCAUUUCGAGAUUUAUCCGGUGAAGGAUCACAUUUUAAAAUCUCACGAUGCCCAUCAUCUCGCAUUCCCUUUACCUCUGCAAACUCCCAUUCACGUCACUCGCUUCACAAUAUCUUCAUUCGUUUACUCCACCAUGCAUUUUUCAACCCUCGCCGCACUCGUUGCCUUCUCCGGCUUCACUUCCGCAAGCCCCAACGGCUGGUCCAAGACCAAAGAAGCAGACGACAGCCCCUCUAAGCUCGACGACUGCGGCUGCUGGCCUAUCUACCAGGCUAUGCUAAAGUGCCAAAAGCUGAAAUGGCCUAAGGAGGAAACGCGCGACUGCGUGUGCAUUCCCAACCCGGAUGGUUGGUACGGUUCUAUGGAUGGCUGCCGUACUUGUCUGAGCUCCAACUCUGAGCAUGAGUUCUUCGAUAAUACUGCCAAGCUCGUCACUCAGCUGUUCGUCUCGUGUACCAACGCUGGCGGCGGCGUUACCAGCGAUGGAAAUAGUAUCUGCGCUAGCAAUGCAUAUCGCGAGGCCUGUGUAUCGCUAGGAACGAAUGGAAAGCCCAGCUGGGCAAGUUUUGAGCAGGAGGGAGUCAGUGGAAAUGGAACCUACGUGUUGGAUAUCAAGGAAUUCGGCGCAGAUGAUGAUGAGUCUACAUCUACGUCUGUGACUAGUGCAAAGACAACCACCAAGACGAGCGCUGCUGAAUCCACUGGUAGCACUGAGGCUACGACCGUGGCAGUGGCUGCUACUACUGGUACCACCGAGGCAUCGUCAAGCAGCGCUACUUCGGAUGCGACAUCGGGAACUGAGACUCCUGUUGCAUCGGCUACAACAGCGCCAAACUCUGGCAUGAGACUUGCUAGUCACGGAGCUGUUGGCAUGGGUCUGGUCGCUGUCGUUGGUGCUAUCUUGCUUUAGUUUAUACUGUGUAGUAUCUAGACGCAGGAGUUGAGUAUGCUGUUAGUAAUACCUUAAUAAUACGAUACUUUGAUUCCUAUUAAAUCCCUG